GUUUCUAUAUUUAACGAACUUUUUGAUAGCAAAUAUACAACCUUACAUCAAUUGACUGGAUGGUUCGAUAUUGAAGACUCAGAAAUAUGGGAAAAAUAUGUCUUAGAUAUUGUACAAGAAUAUAUCCAAGAAGGUCAUUACGUAUUUGAAGCUGGAUGUGGCUGCGGAGCGAUACUUGACCCAUCCAAAAACACUUUAAAAAUGUCACUAUUUCAGGAGUUGAUGGGUACGAUCCCAUAUGCAUUGUCUGUUAUAGAAUCUGGACAAUAUGAUGUCACUAUUUCGCAUAGC